AUGAAGUGUAGAAUCAAGAUUGGGAAUCAGAGCAGCGAGCCACGAAAGAUUGGUCUCGGGGAUCCGAUAUUCCGAGAGCUAGUUCAUCGCAUUGGAGAGGAGGACGAUGUUUCUGAGUUGUCAAACAUGAAGCUUGUUCUGGACCUCGAUGACGUCCCACCAGUUGACGAGAAGGAUUCGAGUCAGAAACACCAUGCAUCCAUGGGCGGCAGACAUUUUGAAUCACAAAAUGGUUCGCACAGGACGUUGAAUCCUCCUCCGAACAUGGGCGAGCAGAGCUAUGUCAGAUGCGUGUCUAACUACGAGCCGGAAGAUGAACGUGAACAAGAAGUCACUCUCAAGAGAGGAGAGGUAGUUGAAAUCCUCCAAACAGCCGACCGAGGAUGGUCCUUUGGGAAAAUCAUCGGAGUUGAUCAUGGAGUCGGAUUCGAACGCUUCCACCAGGAGAUUACAGGAUGGUUCCCGUCAUCCUUCACCGUGCCCUACACUCUUCACUCGCCGUAUCAGGACAACUUGAAGGACCAAGGACGGCAACAGCAGCAGGAGGAUAAUGGGAGCCAUCAGUGGGCUACGUUUGAAGAGCAUGUUCAAACACAAAAUGGAAAGUCAAGGGUGAGAGUAGAAGGCGGAUUUUCUGCGGCAAAACACGCUAUCCUCAUGAACAGGCUGACGCAGCUUCGCUCCGACUUCUCCAAAGUCCUUGACGUCCCCGAGUCCCACAUGCAGCUGCAGUUCAGCCAUACAGGGUUGAUCAACUUCUCCAUCUCUGAUGCCCAUCACCACAUGGAUGAUCGUUGA